AUGCUGUGUGCGCAUUCAGACUGGGGGGUUGACAGCCCUCCACUCCAUCUUCACGAAUUGUCACUUGAUUGUGCAAGAACCAUAGUAGCGUUACUAUCAUUUCUAUUACCUAUCCUCUGGCGAAUAGCUGUUCCUCGUAGGAGCCAGAGGUACUUUUCACCACGUUUGUCCGGCGAUAACGUACCCUGGAAUGCCGGUCAAGCUGACGUGGAUAUUGAUUUGCGCUUUUGGCUGAAACUAACUGUUAAGAAAUCAAUUAGAAUAAUCACAUUGGUCGAUCGAAACAAUGUUCUCGGACAAACUAACACUUUUAUUG